AAGGUAGAGGAGAGUAGGAUGUCUUCUCCAAGAGAACCUUUUAAGUAACAUACUACACAGCGUCCCAUGCAUUUGAUGAGAUACAUGCAUGAACUGAGUGAGAAUAUUGUAACUCAAUUUGGGACGAAUGUGGGCUAAGAUAAAUAAGCCCAUGUUGAAUAAACUUCCGAUUAACUCAUAACACACACACAAUACAACUGUAUCUCUAGUGAAUCUCUCCUCAAGAUCUCACUCUCUCACAAUACAACUGUAUCUCUAGUGAAUCUCUCCUCAAGAUCUCACUCUCUCACAAUACAGAGUAUCAACUGGAACUAUGAGCUAAUACAUCGAUAAAGUAUAUCCUUCACUCUCUCUUUAUCUAUACUCUAGCUUCAUUGUAACUGUCAAAGCCUCUCUGUCCCUCAGAGUUUUAGCUUCCUUCCAUCUUCUUCCGCGUCAUCAGCUGGUACUACUUACAGCUUAUCAGCCCACCAAUGAGAUGUACGUACGUACUUCGUCGGAUGCAUGUAAAAUGGGCCGUUAUCGGAUGUAACACAAUGGUUUUGUUCCAUCGGUGUGUCAAACGAUCAUGCACCACUAAGACCACACUCGAAAAUAAUAUAAAUGCAUUGCUUCUAUUAUAUUUCAGUGCCAAAAAUAUUUCAAAAUACCCAAAUUUUUUAUGCGGAAACAUGUGUGGAGAAGCUUUGAAGUUGAUAAUGGUGCUCACCAAAUCAUCAACAUAUAUAAGAAUAUGAACAAUGUAAGUAAAUGUAAGAAUCAAAGAAAACACACAUGUUUUUUUACAUCAUACAGUUACUAAGUCGCGUUUAUUUUCAGUCGGAGGAAUGUCUUUAUUUAUUUAUUCUUUUUAAGUAAGAAAAAGACAGCAAUAAAGAUUUGAUUUUGGAAGCUUAUUAUAAAAGGAAGUGAAAGAGAAGAAAGCAAAAACAGAGUUGGCACUUUCUCUCUUCUCUCUUUCCUCACCGCCGGACACAGAGACUAUGCCUCUAGACGGUGGCGUUUCUUGUCGACGCAGGUCAGAGAUGAUCGGAAUAGGAAUAGGAGAACUCGAAUCUCCGCCGCUGGAUUCAGACCAAGUUCACGUUCUAGCCGUUGACGACAGCCUCGUCGAUCGUAUCGUCAUAGAAAGAUUGCUUCGUAUUACUUCUUGCAAAGUCACGGCGGUUGAUAGCGGAUGGCGUGCUCUGGAGUUCUUAGGGCUGGACGAUGAUAAAUCCUCCGUAGAAUUCGAUAGAUUGAAGGUGGAUUUGAUCAUAACUGAUUACUGUAUGCCUGGAAUGACGGGAUACGAGCUUCUCAAGAAGAUUAAGGAGUCGACUAGUUUCCGAGAAGUUCCGGUUGUGAUAAUGUCGUCGGAGAACGUUCUCACUCGAAUCGACAGAUGCCUUGAAGAAGGUGCGGAGGAUUUCUUGUUGAAGCCUGUGAAACUCGCCGACGUGAAACGCCUGAGGACUUACUUGACGAGAGACGUUAAAGUCUCCGACGGAAACAAACCCAAGGUUCCUGAAGAUCUCAGCCGUUUCUCUUCUUUGGCUAUGGUUACUCCUCCUCCGCCAUCCAUUACCUCGGUGGAAUCCGUGUCUCUGUCGCCGGAGUCUUCGGUUUCGCCGGUGGAUUCGCCGAUAAGACCGAUGGAGAUGAGGAGUCCCGGAUUAGAUUAGAGAGAUCCGUGGGAUGACUUUCUCCGUUAACUUUUCUACUUUUGACGGGUUUAUUGACUGCACGUUGACUUCACGCCGUCAGUUUAUGGAUCUCUCGUUGAUAUUGAUUGAUCGAUGUGGGGUCUCUUUACUCUUGUACGAAAACUUUUUGAUUUUCUUGUAUUUAACUACAUACUGUAUGUUUCUUUAAUCAAAUAAGAGUUCAAUUAUCAAAUAAGAUUUCAGAGCUGGUUUUU